GACGCCCCGCCGCGCCGCGUCGUGGUGACGGGCCAGGGCGUGGUCAGCAGCCUGGGGCACAGCCCCGAAGAAUUCUACAUGAACCUGCUAGCGGGCAGGAGCGGUAUCAGCAUGAUCGAGGGCUGGGACACAGAGGACUUCAGCACGCGGUUUGCGGGGCAGGUGAAGAGCCUGGACUGCGAGGGGUAUGUGCUGAAGAAGUGGGAGAAGAGGAUAGAUGUGACCAUGAAGUACAUGAUCUUUGCGGGGAAGAAAGCGCUGGAGGAUGCGGGGCUGCCUUGGGAGGGCCCCGAGUUGCAGGACCUCAACCGACAGCGCUGCGGCAUCUUGAUAGGCACCGCCAUGGGCGGCAUGCAGACCUUUGCCACCGCGGUGGAGUCGCUGCAGAAGAGCUUCAAGAAGAUGAACCCUUUCUGCAUCCCUUUUGCCAUCCAAAACAUGGGGGGUGCGAUGCUGGCGAUGGACCUUGGGUUCAUGGGCCCCAACUACCCGAUAGCCACCGCCUGCGCCACAGGCAACUAUUGUAUCCUCAGCGCCGCCGACCACAUCCGCCGCGGCGAGGCAGACUUGAUGCUGGCGGGUGGCUCCGAGGCGGUGGUCAUCCCCUCUGCCAUCGGCGGCUUCAUCGCAUGCAAGGCGCUGUCCAAGCGCAAUGAGGACCCCGCGGCGGCCAGCCGGCCAUGGGACCGAGACCGCGACGGCUUCGUGAUGGGGGAGGGCGCAGGCGUUCUGGUGCUUGAGGAGCUGGAGCACGCCAAGGCGCGGGGGGCGCCCAUCCUGGCGGAGUUUGUGGGCGGCGCCUUCACCUGCGACGCGCACCACAUGACGGAGCCAGAGCCCAACGGGCGAGGCGUCAUCUCCUGCAUCGAAAAGGCGCUGGAGCGGUCGGGGGUGGCGCCCGAGGAGGUGGGCUACGUGAAUGCCCACGCCACCUCCACCCCCGCCGGGGACAUGGCCGAGUACCGAGCCAUCACCACCGCCCUGCCCCACAAGCACCUCAAGAUCAACUCCACCAAGUCGAUGAUCGGGCACCUGCUGGGCGCGGCAGGCGCGGUGGAGGCGGUGGCCAGCAUCCAGGCGCUGCGCACGGGCUACCUGCACCCCAACCUGAACCUGGACCACCCCGAGGAGGCGGUGGACCUGGGGGUGGUGGUGGGCAAGGAGAAGCAGGAGUGGGACACGACCCGCGUGGCCCUGUCCAACAGCUUCGGCUUUGGCGGCCACAACAGCUGCAUCCUGUUCCGCAAGUACCAGGGCUGAGGCAGGCCGUGCGAGGGUUUGGGGGUCCAUGCUGCGUGCCAGGCUGGCGUGCCAGGCUGGCGCCGCGUUGGCCCAGGCCCAGACUGCCAGCGCUCGCAUGAGCGGUAGCCGCAGCCCGGCCCGCGGAAGAGCAGCAUCCUUUUGCCGCCGCGGCGGCAGCAGCCGCACGCACGGCUGGGGAUGCCCUGGCGAGAGCCGCGCUCUGCGCAGGCUGGCUGGACCUGCCCGGCCGCGGAACGCCUGCCCCGCUGCGGCGCGCCUUGAGACCCGAUGCCCAUAUUUGCACGCCUGCACACGCUUCUGCUCCCUCCUUUGUUGUUUUUUCCUGCUCACACACGCAUUCAGGCUGCCCCAACCCGCCGCUUGCCCGCACGGUUUUUUCCUGUCCAUUUCUCUCUUUGUGCCAUCUUUCUCCCCUUCCACUCUCCCACAAACUUGCCGAGGCCCUUCGCUCCCGUUGCUCCUGCUUGACCGCAAUUGACCGCAGCUGUGUGCAUUGAGAGAGCAUCAGCACUGUUUCAUACCAGCACGCCGCCAUCGCAACUGAAAAUUGAAGUGUUUGCUGGGGACACAUGUAAACAGCAACAAGGUU